AUGUAUGGGAAGAAAUUCACCCCGUGUAUCCCACCAGCUGACGACCAGCGCGUACACAGUGGGGAGCGGCCUUUUACCUGCCCUGUGCGUGAGAAGAGAGUUACACCGGCAUCUGAGCUUUUGACACAUCAGCGGGUUCACACUGGAGAAAGGCCAUUCAUCUGCACAGUGCGUGAGAAGGGAUUUAAUCGAUCUUCGAAUUUACAGAGACACCAGCAAGUUCACGUUAUUGCCGGAGAUCGAAAUGGUGAGAUCAAGAAAGGGACGGGAGGUGUCCGAGGUGGAUUAAGUGAAAUUGAAGGUCGAGUUGAAGUUGUUUGUGAAGUUGAUCUACUGCUCCAAUUCAGCAUGGGUGCAGGACACUGCACCGAUGCAGUGCUUGAUGUAACAGCAAAAGAGUCGAGAGACAGUGCCAACCUCUAUCCGUCUGAGAAAGAGAAUUACUCCAAACGAUCCAAGUGUUUCAGCUCGGCCAUUUACAUCUCCUUCCUCUCCAAAGUGAACCCCGUUGCUCAGGGUCGAUAUUCUCCUUGGACUCAGAUUGCCCCACCGUUUUCUGUUAUGAAUAUUACGAUGAGUCUUCAAGCUGGAGAGGAGGGGAUUGAAGCAGGGAUGAUCAUUGCUCGGCUUAUGGAGACACUACAGUCCAAGAAAAAGUUCCCUGUUAAGAUCUAA